AACCCACCAUUAUUCAGUGGAGGCUCCCCAUCCAUCUCCUUCUACGCCCGCCCCCUUCGGCACCGCCAAAGAAGUUGCCCUUCGGCUUGUUUUAUAAAUCGCUGGGAAAAAGGGUCGGAGUGUUGCGUUCUAAUCUAAAUCUAAAUGCAACCCUGAAAGAAGCGCGUUUGACGUUUACCCCCUUUUGUCGCCAUGCUUUUCUCCAUUUCAGUACGGAACUGUUGAAAACACAAAUAAUGCGUGUGGGGAUCGAAACGAAUUGCUAGAGAGCUGGAAAAGUCGAGGGGUUUGGAAGCUCUGUGUGUGUGUGUGUGGAAAAAGGAUCGCGUUGCGCCUGUCAAAGAUCUGGGGAUAAGAUGAGGAUUGUCAAAUCCGUUGCGUCUUCGGAAUACCGUGGAUUUUUUGUGGUCGAAGCUUAUCCCAAAAGGUAUUCGUCUAAGAUCCCUUCUGAUUUGGUACUUUUCUUGGGCCUUGGUUUCAUUGAUUGGUAAUAUUAAGCAAGAUUGUCGGUUGCCUGGAGAGUUUAAUUUUAUUUUCUUUUUCCCUUUUGGGUUUUUUACAUUGAACAAAUCCGGAAGAAGAAAGUUACAGAUUUAUACAUACAUAUCGAGAUUCUGAUUGAUAGAAUUAUGAAUUGGAUGGGCUCAGAUUCAUUGUUUCUCUUAGCCUAAUUGUUAGAUUUAUAGUUAGUUAUACGUUUUUGCUUUGGUGUCUGGAUUCUGGAAAAUUGGAUUAUAAAUGAACAAGUAUAGAGUCUUGAUGGAGGUGGGAGUUUGUAGUUGGGAUUGAGUUGAUGAUAAGAAAGUGUUGAACAAAGAUUGUUACAAUCUUUGUCUCUUACAUCUGGGGAUAGUUAAGUUUGGUUGAGAGAGAAAGAGGUGAGAGUGUUUUGAGAUGGGGGAUACACUUGUCACAACUUUGUCAAUGGACAAUCAUCAUCAACCUUCAACCCUCUUGUCCAUGGAUUCAAGUGCUUCUUCCACACAUGGUGAAUUAGACCUUGACAUGAAUUGCCAGGUCGGGUUUGUUUUAUCCGGUCCACCCGACAUAAACCUUCCUCUUUCAGCUCCUCUUCAGCCUUGGAACCCCGAUCACUGUGACAUUCUUGAUGUUGGUCUGGGGACUCAGAUGUACGAGGGAGAGAAUUUCCUUAGUGUCCCUAAGGCCGGGAAGAAGAGCACUAAAAGGGUAGAUAGCAUAUGGGGUGCGUGGUUCUUCUUUAGUUUUUACUUUAAGCCUGUAUUGAAUGAGAAAUCAAAGGCAAAAAUUACUUGUGAUGGUAAUGGGCUUUCGGGGUUCGAUAGAUCUGACCUCCAACUGGAUAUAUUCUUGGUUCAACAUGAUAUGGAGAAUAUGUACAUGUGGGUCUUUAAAGAAAGGCCUGAGAAUGCUCUCGGUAAAAUGCAGCUUCGUAGUUAUAUGAACGGGCAUUCGCGUCAGGGAGAGCGCCCCUUCCCAUUCAGCUCAGACAGAGGCUUCAUUCGGUCUCACAGAAUGCAGCGGAAGCAUUACCGAGGACUUUCUAAUCCUCAGUGUGUCCAUGGUCUCGAGGUUGUUCCAAAUCCCCAUCUUGGGUGUCUCGAUGAAGAAGAUCGGAAAAGAUGGAUGCAACUGACAGGGCGGGAUCUGAACUUCUGUAUCCCUCCUGAAGCUAGCGAUUAUGGUACUUGGCGAAAUCUGGUGAAUGCAGAAUUUGAAAUCGAGAGGCCUCCUGCUUUGCCGGUGAAGACUAAUCCCCACACAAAGAAGUCACUCAAUGGAUCUGGUCUAAACUUGUCCACUCAGCCAAGCAACCACAGCAAUGGCGAUGUGAUCGAUCUUUCACCCGUCAGCCACAAAAGAAAGAAAGAUUUUUUCAACCAUGGAAACAGCGAGGAGGAUGCAAGUGCUCACGACCAAAUCCCGGAUUUAGAAACUCACCCAAAUGAGCCACAUUGGUUGAAUGGAUUCACAGGAGUGCUGAGAAAUGCUUAUGGUCCUGUCACAGCUGCCAAGACAAUCUACGAGGAUGAACAGGGUUACCUGAUCCUAGUCACCCUACCAUUUGUCGAUCUCCAGAGGGUUAAAGUCACCUGGAGGAAUACACCUACACAUGGGAUCAUCAAAGUUUCUUGUACGAGCACUUCCCGUGCGCCGUUCAUCAUAAGGCAGAACCGAACGUUCAAGCUGACAGAUGUGUCUUCAGAGCAUUGCCCGCCAGGUGAAUUUGUCCGUGAAAUUCCUCUUGCCACCCGGAUCCCUGAAGAGGCCAAUAUAGAGGCGUAUUACGAUGGGCCAGGAAGCGUUCUUGAAAUCUUAGUGCCGAAGCUCCCACAAGGACCGGAGGAGCAUGAAGUUCGAGUUUGUCUCCGUCCUCACCAUGGGGUGAAUGAUUUUAUGUUGUCCUGAAAAGGGUUGGUUAGUAAAAGAUGAGGUGCAAAAUGGGGUUGAACUAUGAAAGUUAAUCAUCGUCUAAGCCUUGUGCUUGUGGUGUCCUAAUUUUGUGGAAGUUACUCUUCAUGUAUUUGAAUUAUUAUCGGGAGACUAGUCCCCUUUAUUUAUGAAUGACUAUCCAUAUA